GAUCUCCUGACUCACGCAGGAAAAUCUAGAGCCGACAGAAUGGUUGAAUGGACUGAGUUCGAGCGCGCCACCAUUCAGGACAUCUUCGGAAAGAUGGACUAUGAUGACGUGGGUCCUGCUGCUCUUUCCAGGUGCCUGGUUGUCUACCCCUGGACUCAGAGGUACUUCGGCGGCUUUGGAAACCUCUACAACGCCGCUGCCAUCGCUUCAAAUCCGAUGGUGGCAGCUCACGGAAAAGUUGUCCUUCACGGUCUGGACCGGGCUGUGAGGAACAUGGACGACAUCAAAGGGACAUAUGCAGAGCUGAGCGUGCUGCACUCCGAGAAACUGCACGUGGACCCAGACAACUUCAAGCUGCUGGCAGACUGCCUGACCAUCGUGGUUGCCGCUAGGAUGGGUAAAGACUUCACUGGUGAGGUCCAGGCAGCUUUCCAGAAGUUCCUGUCCGUGGUGGUGUCCUCUCUGGGGAGGCAGUACCACUAGAGAGCUGCAACAGAAGAGAAGACCAUCACGUGCUGAUCAUUUGUUGCGAGUUUCUGUCUUGCAUCAUGUCUGAAAUGCAAAUAAAUAAAUAAAAAAGUACGUUCAACACGUUGUUCAUCCGUGAUCAUUACCUAAAUAAAUGUAAACACGAAAAAUAAUGUAUUCAAGAUUUAAAAAAAAACAAAAAACA